CCAGGCUGUCUUCUUACAGGUGCAGGGUGAACAGGUGUGGUCAAAACGGAUUCUUCCUGUUUGGCAAGGGAGGAGCUUUGAUUGAUGGGUGUGACAUCUGUGAAAACGCGUUCCCCGGUGUUGGAAUGGACGACAGUGUAGAUACGAUUGUGAGGAGAUGCAGGAUCAGGCAUGGCAAGGGAGACGGGAUCAAAAUCUACGGGGGCUUAGGCAUACAGAUCCAGAAGAAUGACAUCAGCCACAAUGGGCAGGUGGGGAUAUCGAUCGAGGACGGUGCAGACCCUGUGGUGAGGGAAAACAGCAUCCACGACGGGAACAGCUGCGGGAUCUCUGUGCUCAAGGGAGGAAAGGGGACAAUAGAAGACAACGACAUCUACUGCAACGCUCACCCCAACGUCUAUGUGGCUAACAGCGCAGACCCGCUGAUCCGGGGGAACCAAAUCCACCACAGCGGAAGCUGCGGGGUGACGUGCGUGGAAGAAGGGCUGGGAACGAUCGAGGAGAACGACAUUUACUGCAACCAGUCGGUUGGGCUGUACAUCAUGAACCGAGCGAAUCCUGUGGUGAGGAACAACACGAUCCGGGAGAGCGAGGGGGACGGGAUCUCUGUGUGCUUUGCUGGGCGAGGCCUGAUAGACGGGAACACGAUUCGGGCCAACGCUGGGAUCGGGCUGCUCAUCGAGAGCGAGGCUGAGCCGCGGGUGACGAAGAACCAGAUCCUCGAGUCGCACUCAGAUGGGAUCAAGGUCUCGCACAACGGCAAAGGGUACAUCGAGUCCAACACGGUGAUAAGGGCUGGGCACGGGGCUGGUGCUGGGUCAGGGAUCUGUAUCACAAUGGGGUCAGCGCCUGUGGUGAAGAACAAUCUGGUGAAGGACUGCCUGCAGCACGGGGUGCUGAUAACGGACGAGUCUGCUGGGAUCAUCGAGAGGAACACGAUCUCCGGCCACCAGGGCAACGGCAUUGCAAUCCUACGGAGAGCGAACCCGAUCGUGAGAGGCAACGUGGUGAGGGAGAACAAGGGCGCCGGUGUCUUCGUGUCGCAGGCCGGGCGAGGGAUGGUCAGCGACAACCGUCUCUCGUACAACAGAGGGCAGAGCCAGCUGCUGGUAGAGCCGGGCUGCGACGCAACGGUGAGGGACAACAUCGUAUCUUAAGCUAGGUAUGACAAGGUUGGUGAACAUAAAUGUGAAUCAUCUCG